GUGGAGCAUCAGGUCAUGCCUCGAGGUCUGAGGAGCUUAGCGUGCCCGGAAGGAGGACCUAGCAGGUACGAGAGCCCCCCGGCGUCGGAACUGCACCGGCUGAUGUGGACCAAGAAAGGCAGCGACAGUCACCACAUGGACCAGGUCCAGCCGAGGAUCUACUUGGGAGACAUGCGCGCGGCCAAAGACAAGAGGAGCCUGCAGGCUCACCGCAUCAGCCACGUGCUCAACGCCGCCGACGGCAAGUUCAACGUCAAAACGGGCGCCGCGUUCUACCGCGACACCAAGAUCACGUAUCACGGCGUGGAGGCCUUCGACAUGGUGACCUUUAACCUCACGCCCUUCUUUUACCCGGCAGCUGACUUCAUCAAAAGAGCUCUGGACUCACCCACAGGUGGAGUGCUGGUCCACUGCGCCAUGGGUCUCAGCCGCUCAGCCACCCUAGUCCUGGCCUACCUCAUGAUCCACGAGAGGAUGACGCUCCCCGAGGCCAUCAAGGCCGUCAGCGCCAACAGAAACAUUUCGCCCAACGCCGGCUUCCUGCAGCAGCUGCGAGAGCUCGACAACGAGCUGCAGCGGCAUCAACGGGUCGGGAGGUGCGAUGUGCGGACUUAA